GCCUCAACUGAAAAAUUAUCACCCUCUCUCUCCCUUUACGGGUACAUUUGGAAGAUUGAAGGAGACAGAAGAAGCAACCCUAAUCUGUCCGGGUGUUGAAGUCAAAGCCAAACCCACUAUUUCCUUGUUACUAUUUAAUUUCUUUCUUCAUUUUCUCUAUUUGACAGCUCGGCCUCUGUGUUUGGCUUUCUUUUUCUGCUUUUCCUUUUGUGCUUGGUCCAUUAUUCUCUUCUUCUUCUUCUUCUUUCGUUUACAAUUUAUACCCAAGAACCCAUCAUUCUUUCUCUGCUUUAUUUCUGCUGCUUUGCUUUGUUUCUCAGCAAAAAUGCUUGAAACCACGAAAACCUUGAUUGGUUUAUCUGGUUCUUGAUUGUACACGUAGUCCUCUCUGUGUCUUUCUCAAUUGAUUGAUUGUCUCGGCCUGUUUCAUUGCUCGCUGAUAUGGGUUUUCAGGAAUUGUGGGUGUACGUCAUUGUUGUUGGGCUCUGCUUGCAAGCUCAGGUGCUCAGUGCGCAGAACCUGACAUGCAAUUUGGUGGAUUUGAAGGCAUUGAAUGAUUUCUUGAGUGCUCUCGAAUCAGGGAUUGAUGGGUGGGGCUCCAAUUCUUCGACUGAUUGCUGUAACUGGGUAGGUGUUUCUUGCAACUCUUCCUCUUCUCUUGGUUUAAGCAACGAUCCUGUUGAUUAUAGAGUAACGAAAUUGGAACUCUUCAAGAAAAGAUUAACAGGAAAACUCAGUGAAUCGUUAGGAAAAUUGGAUCAGCUUAGAAUCCUGAAUCUCUCUCAAAAUUAUCUCAAGGAGUCACUGCCACAAUCCUUGUUUCAUUUGCCUAAGCUAAAGUUCCUAGACUUGAGCUCUAAUGACCUCUCUGGUCCUUUUCCACAAAGCAUAAACCUUCCUUCACUUGAACAACUUGACAUCUCUGAUAAUUCUCUUGAUGGGCUCCUUCCCACUCGAAUUUGUGAAAAUUCUAGUCGAAUCGAGGUUAUUCGUUUGGCAGUGAACAGCCUCUCUGGGGAAAUUUUACCUGGACUUGGGAGUUGUAGUGCCCUAGAGCACCUGUGUCUUGGUGUGAAUAAUCUCACUGGUGGGAUUAGUGAAGAUAUAUUUCAGAUUCAGAAACUGAAGGUACUGAAUAUCCAAGAUAACAUGUUUUAUGGGAAGCUAAGCUCUGGAAUUGGUAACCUCUCUAACCUUGUUUUCUUAGGCAUUUCAUCAAACAGGUUUUCGGGUACGAUCCCGGAUGUUUUCUAUGGCUUGUCAAAGUUUCAGGAAUUUGUAGCUCAUUCAAAUAAGUUUAAGGGGACCAUACCUCGUUCAUUGUCAAAUUCCCCGUCGCUGAAUUUGCUUAAUUUGAGGAAUAAUUCCUUGGUUGGUUCUAUUGAUGUUAAUUGCUCGGCGAUGAUUAAUUUGACAUCUCUUGAUUUGGGUUCCAAUAAUCUUAGUGGGCCGGUGCCUGGUUAUCUUCCCUUAUGUAGAAAAUUGGAAAAAAUUAAUUUUGCCCGGAACAGUCUCAUUGGUCAAAUCCCUGAAAGCUUCAAGAACUUUGAUAGCCUCUCUUACCUUUCCCUCACAAAUGUCAACAUAUCUAAUAUCUCCUCUGCCCUUCAAAUCCUACAAAACUGCAAGAACUUAGAUACUCUUGUACUCACUACAAACUUUCCUGGGGAAGCAAUGCCGGCUGAUCCUGACAUACGUUUUGAGAAGUUGAAAGUUCUUGUUAUUGCCAAUUGUAGACUCACAGGUUCAUUGCCGCAGUGGUUGAGUGGGUGCGCCAAAUUGCAGUUGUUGGAUUUAUCAUGGAACCAUUUGGGUGGAAUGAUUCCGGGAUGGUUUGGAAAAUUUGAGGAUCUCUUUUACUUGGACUUAUCAAACAAUUCUUUUACUGGAGAGAUUCCAAGAAAUUUAACUGGGAUGCCUAGCCUCAUCAGCAGGAAUUUCUCGUUGCAGGGGCCUUCCUGGGAUUUCCCUUUUUUCAUGAGGAGGAGUGAUAGUGGGGCGUUGCAGUAUAAUCAGGUUGAUAGCUUUCCACCAACUCUGGAUCUCAGUUAUAACUCUCUUACUGGACCAAUCUGGAAAGAAUUUGGAGAACUGAAAAAGCUGCAUGUUUUGAAUUUGAGGAGGAAUAAUUUAUCCGGAAUGAUACCUAGCGAAUUAUCAGGGAUGACGAGCUUGGAGACUUUGGAUUUAGCUCUUAAUAAUCUUUCAGGUAAUAUUCCUUAUUCCUUGGUGAAUCUCACUUUUCUGUCAAAAUUUGAUGUUGCCGACAAUCAACUCGACGGAAAGAUCCCCACAGGAGGUCAGUUUGCAACAUUCCCAAAUUCAAGCUUUGAGGGAAACGAUCUCUGUGGUGACCAUGGUGCCCCUCCAUGUCCAGAGAAGACCUCGAUAGAGAAGAAGCAUAGAAAAAACAGUAACGUUAUUGUUGGAAUGGCUGUUGGGGUAGUAUUUGGGAUAGCAUUUGUGUUUGCUCUUCUCGUUGUUAUUGUUUUGAGGACUCAUCGACGAGGUGAGGUUGAUCCAGAGAAAGAAGAGACUAGCACCAAUGGUAAAGAUUUGGAAGAACUUGGGUCAAGAUUAGUGAUUUUGUUCCAGAAUAAGGAGAACUGCAAAGAGCUCUCCCUUGACGACCUACUGAAAUCUACCAACAACUUUGAUCAAGGUAAUAUCAUAGGAUGUGGAGGUUUCGGUUUAGUUUAUAAAGCCACCCUGCCUGAUGGUAGGAAGGUUGCAAUUAAGCGGCUCUCUGGUGACUGUGGUCAGAUGGACAGAGAAUUUCAAGCUGAAGUUGAAGCGCUAUCCAGAGCUCAGCAUCCCAAUCUUGUCCAUCUUCAAGGUUAUUGCAUGUACAAAAAUGACAGGCUCUUAAUCUACUCAUACAUGGAGAACAGUAGUUUAGAUUACUGGUUACAUGAAAAGCUCGAUGGGCCAUCCUCACUGGAUUGGGAUACGAGGCUUCGAAUUGCUCAAGGUGCAGCAAGGGGGCUUGCUUAUUUGCACCAAUCGUGUGAACCCCACAUCCUUCACCGAGAUAUAAAGUCCAGUAACAUACUUCUAGAUGAGAAUUUUGAUGCGCAUUUAGCAGAUUUUGGUCUUGCAAGGCUUAUAUUGCCCUAUGAUACUCAUGUGACUACUGAUCUUGUUGGGACAUUGGGCUACAUCCCUCCUGAGUAUGGCCAAGCCUCGGUUGCUACUUACAAAGGAGAUGUGUAUAGUUUCGGGGUUGUUCUUUUAGAGCUCCUUACUGGAAAGAGGCCCAUGGAUAUGUGCAAGCCGAGAGGAUCACGAGAUUUGAUCUCUUGGGCGAUUCAAAUGAAGAAGGAUCAUAGAGAGAAUGAAGUUUUUGAUCCAUUCAUUUAUGGCAAGCAGCAUGAAAAGGAAAUGAUACUGGUUCUUGAGAUUGCAUGUCUGUGCCUGAGUGAAUCUCCUAAAGGGAGGCCUUCGACUCAGCAGGUAGUUUCUUGGCUUGAUAGCAUUGUCAUCAGCACAUAAUUCCUACAUUAAUUGUGUAACUGCGGAUUGUAUAGCUAGAUAUAUUUCUCCUAUAGCUGUAACUGAGAAGUUUCAUUUCCUCAUAUAAGUGGUCUUUUGAAUAUGAGAUCUGUGAUCGUACUGUAAAUAUUUACUUGGAUGCUUGUUGCAGCAGAAUUUGCACCUCUCCGAGGUGGAGAGAGGAAUCUGACCAACGCAACAAAUUCUGGGUUAUCUUAGACAUUGCAAGUCUUUGUACUCAACUUUAGCUUGUUACAAUACUGUUCUCUCAGGAAUAUGCAAAAUAAAAGUUCUGGAUUUUUUGCUCUGGUA